AUGGACAGCAGCUUCGCAUUCCCGGCAUCAGUAAAGCAAGCAUGGAUAUCGCUCUUUACGACUUCACCACAAGGUCUCGGCUACAAUACAGCAAAGUCUGGCGGCGAAGGUGGCGGCCGGGAUUCAAGUACUCAAAGUAACAUGCGCAAAGAGACCGAAAAGGAGUAUGGUACACGCCAUCCAGAUGCAAGAAAGGAACACUUGCAAUGGUGCUGCGUUACGAGGGAGUAUUGGCCAGCUGGAAGCGUGAAAGCAGCACCCUUGUUCCCAUUCAAACACGGCCCCGUUAUCGCCAAGGCUCUUUUCCCGGGCCACCCUUCAGACGAGAUCGACACGGCCAAGAAUUGUUUGAUACUGAGUGAGGGAAUCGAAAAGUAUUGGGAUCAGCACCUUAUUUCGUUUGUGCCAGAUGUGUCAGAGAGCUCCGUAGAGAGUAUUCAAGCAUGGAGCCGUACCUCGCCGAAGGAGUACAAGAUAUACAUCCACGAUCUCAAGGCAGAAGCUUUGCAGCAAUGCUGUGGAACGGCCGCGAGCGAACUCACCUUUGUGGCUCUACACGGCAGGAGAGUGGAGUUCUUGAACGACUUUCGACCUUCGACACGGUUCCUGGUAUUCCAGGACAUCAAAUGCAGGACCUUGGCACUCAACAAGCUGAAAAGCAACGAGAAGGUGGAAGCUGCCAAGCGGGAGUUCGGCAAAACCUAUUGGGGCUCAAUGGGGGCAUGGAUCAAGCACAGUAUGAUGGUCGCGCAUGUCGAAUCCCUCGGGUGGGAUUUUCCGCGCGAUCCUGCUGAUAUCUGCGAAGAAGAAGUUGAUGAUCAGAGGGAAAGCGGAUUUUUGUCCGCUCUCAUCGCCAAGGAGACCGGACCCAAAGUCGAGCACGGGGACGAAGACGACGAUGGAGUGGAGGACGGGACGGAGGAUGGGUAG